AUGUCACGCCAACCUAGACCUAGAUCACAUAAUCGGAUGAAUUCGGAAUAUUCACCUUAUGAUCAUUCAGAUUCUAGACGCCCAUCUCCAGAUACUUGGCAACGUGCGCGAUCGUUGGAUGUGGUGCGCGGUCAUGAUGAUUCUAGCCGUCAAAUAGACAAGUCACGUGGAAUUAAUUUGUCGCAAGGGUGUGUAACUAUCCCUAUCAAAGUGGAAAAAGAUGACAGAAGAGAAAGACGAUGGCCCGAUGAUGAUAAUUAUGGUGAUAGCAAGAAUUACUCUAUUACUGUAAAUAGUAAUUCUAACCAGCAGCAGCAGCAAAGGCAAGAUAAUGGAAGAGAUUAUAGUACGAGAGAUAUAUUGCCAAGAAAUCAAUCAUUUGAAUCGCCACAUAUGCGUGAUAAUCGUAAUUACUAUUCACCUCAAGUAUCAAGAAAUCAACGAUCAGCACACAAUGCUGAUAUACACAGAGAAAACUAUAAUGAUGAGUUUUCUGGACAAAUGUACGAUGGAUAUGCAACAGAUUAUAACCGGAGAAGACAACGCAAUAUUAACGAUAGCAUAUUCAAUGAUGAUAAACCUCAUCAAUACAAUACUGGCCUGAGAAGAGAGUGGAGUAACAGCAUGGACUAUCUUGAUCAACGAAUCAGCGAAAACAACAGAAAAGUUCCGUUUUCCUCGACAAAACCGUGGAACGAUAAUGGCGAACAUAACCCAAAAAGCAAACCUGUAAUCUCACACAAUUCGCCUGCCGAUCAUUACAACCCGUAUAAUCAACAACAGCAACAACAUCAGCAUCAGCAGCAAAGUCAUCGUCAUAACACUUAUAAUCAUCAAGAAUAUGGCGCAAGCAGAAUGUCACAUAACGCAGGAGCUAUUGAAUCAAUGACAUCACCUUCGCAAAACAGAAGAGGAAUUUUCAAUCAGCCUCAACCACAAUAUCCACAAAAGCAAUAUGCAGAAGAGCAACACCAUGAUUCACGCAAAGGAGCUGUUAGAACAUAUGAUAGACAAUAUAAUUCGCAUAAUCAUCCUCAACCACUUCGAAAAUACAAUCGCGUACACUGUUGUUGUUUCUCAUUCACUUGGCCAUUAUGGAGUGUUGAACCAACACAGCCACCUCAACCAAUUUAUAGAAAUAUCUAA